UCAUUGUUUCCUAAAGCCAAAGAAGACAUCCUCACAUGGCUGACUGACUUCUGUCUGACCAGUGGUUCACAUCCUUUACCACACUGUAAAAAACGUCACUAAAUGUGAAAGUCCUGCACUGAAAAGUUAUCAAAAUGUAGGCUGCUUGAAGUUAAAUGGCUCCUGAAACCCUCAUACUAUUGUUGUAUGAUAAAAACAUGAACUUUUCCUUUAAAAGCGUCGUUUCUCUCAUAAGCAAAUCAGUCACCCACGCUGCUGAUAUCCCACCUGAACCCCCUGCAGUUAAUCUGGGACGUGGGUUUAUUUUUGCCCGGAUGCCAUCAGACCACUCAGGCACUACAAGCGGUCGCUCAGUUGCUUGAAAAGUCAAUCUCCUUUAAACAAAGCAGCAGCAUCCUUCCCUUCGCUCCUCGCUCUCCUCCAUUGGCUGUAUCCCGGUGGCCUCUGAUUGGACGGUUCCUCUCCUCCGCGGGCUGCCGCCUCCCCCAGCCCACGAGCGUGCAGCGCGAGGCACCGAGCAGAUGAAGCAUCCGCGCAGUGUGGAGCGCACAGAGGACACCGUCCAGGAGAAGUUGUAACGGCAGGACACGGGACUAAAACACCGGUGGCUGCUGCUCAAGUGACAGAAUGACUGACAAAAUGCUAAAUAUACACAGAGGGGAAAUGUGACAUCUGAUGAUCUCCAAAAAGACACUGCAGUUGAAGGCUGGAUUACAAGGAGAUACGAUCAGACUGUGGCCCUCAUUGGAACGGCUAACGGCUAAUGAAAGGACCCACUGGAACCACCUUGAGGACCCCUGGACCCCACUUUGAGAGCCAUCGCUCUAGAUGCCCCAAAACUUUGUGAAAGAUCCGUGAAGGCGGAUACUCAGACGCUGUGGUUGAAAAGAGUUUAACAGGAUUUCAUCAGAUAAUAGCAGUGCAAAUAGGACAUGGCACCUUUGUUGUGCAAUCAUCACUCACUGGGCCAACUGGCACGACAGGUGAAACAUAGAUGGUAUGAAGAGACGGAGCCCAUAUUGCCUUGGACGAGAGCCAGCUGUGUCAGGCUGAGCUCCAGCAGGGGGACGAGAGACAAAUAAACAAAGCAUGGACAGAUGGUGUUUGGUUUGCAGAAGUACUGACGAGUGAGGAUCACGGCUGCAUCUCUUUGCAGAUGCUGUCACAAAAGGCUGAAAGCAUUCCUGCAAGCUGCGAUGGGACACAGUAAGGCCGUGGAUAUAAGAAAUCUCUGCACUGCUCCUUUUCAGUCUCAACACCAAUACUAGACAGUAGAAGGGGGUAUUAUCGAAAAUUAAUGUCAGCUGUGUUGCGGAGGCAGCCUCAAGCUGCACCGCCAGAUCUAAGAAAACCCAUGGAGGCGUGGCCUCAACGUUUCCAACACCGCUGCCACUGGUAAAGACAGCCAAGUGAACAGCGAUGCCUUCUAAGGUCUCCUGCUUGUACUUGCUGACAGUGGUUUGCUGGGCCAGCGCUCUGUGGUACCUGAGUGUGUCCCGCCCCUCCACUUCCUACGGGGGCCAGGUGACUAUCCCAAUACGCAAAACACCUAAGCUGAACAAGAACGCCACCCUCAGUAACAUUCGCACACGUUCCCUCAACCCACAUGACUUCGGCUACCUCAUCAACGAGGCCAAGAAGUGCGAGGCAGAACCCCCCUUUCUUGUCAUCCUGAUCAGUACCACUCACAAAGAAUUUGACGCCCGCCAGGCCAUCCGAGAGACAUGGGGCGACGAGAGCACGUUUCCGGACGUGCGUGUGGUCACACUGUUUUUGUUGGGACGCAGCACUGACAGUGUCCUCAACCAGAUGGUAGAGCAGGAGAGUCAGAUCUUUCAUGACAUUGUAGUGGAGGAUUUUAUUGACUCUUACCACAACCUGACGCUUAAGACGCUGAUGGGCAUGCGUUGGGUGGCCACAUUUUGUUCUAAGGCUCAGUAUGUCCUCAAGACAGACAGUGACAUCUUCGUCAACAUGGAGAACCUCAUCUACAACCUCUUGAAGCCCACCACCAAGCCCAGGCGGAGGUACUUCACUGGCUACGUCAUCAAUGGUGGGCCAAUCAGAGACAUGCGCAGCAAGUGGUACAUGCCUAGAGAUCUGUACCCAGAGAGCAAGUACCCACCCUUCUGUUCUGGCACUGGCUACGUCUUCUCGGCCGAUGUGGCCGAGCUCAUAUACAAAACCUCUUUACACACCAGGCUGCUGCACCUGGAGGACGUGUAUGUUGGUGUGUGCCUCCGUAAGCUAGGCAUCCACCCCUUCCAAAACAGCGGCUUCAACCACUGGAAGAUGGCCUACAGCCUUUGUCGCUACCGCCGGGUGGUUACCGUGCACCAGAUCUCCCCUGAGGAGAUGCACCGCAUAUGGAACGACAUGACCAGCAAGAAACACCUUAAAUGUUAGCAGAGUGUCCCCUUAUCCUCUGCUUCUCCAACUUUGGCGAAUACUGUACAGCACGUAACACUGAGGUGAAGGAACUGUACUGACGAAGCAUGCAGGACUUUAUCCAGGCACUGAUACUGCUUUUCUUGGAGUACCAAUAGUGCGAGGCCAAAGCAAACUCCUCUGUAUUCUACGUCCUCUUUAACCUCAGCUCAGACUCACAAAAUAUGCACAAGGUUGGAAAUAUGUUUUCCAAAGAAGUGCAAAAUGUUCAGCCGGUUGGUUUUCAUUACCAGCAGUACUACAGUUUUUAUAGGAAAAUACAAGACAGGAAGCUGAGAGGCUUAUGUUAAAGCACUCAAUUAUACAAGCUGUACCAGUUACUCAACUGCAGAUUACAUAAAUGCCAACACAUUUCAUUGAACACAGACAUUGUUGCAUUGAUCACAAGCUCUAAUUAUGAAUGUUCCUCAUGUAUUUUCAGUUGUUGUACUUCCUGUACAAGGUGUUAAUGUUGGAUGUACUGUCUGGCACCCCGGCAGCUGUCGUCAUUGUGAGGACCACGCCUUUCAGUUAGCAUGACCUCCUUGUGACCUGUCCUUUGAGGCCCAGAGGAUGUUUACGAGAAAAUAGCAGUGGAAUAAAUUGGUGGUGUGCAGUCAGCCAUCUGUACAGGCGCCGUUAUACCAAGGCAAACGGCAGUGCUCAGUCAGUUCGCUUAAAGGCCACUGAGAUACGUCAGCACUUAACAGCAUCGAAUAGUGCAGAGUGACACGUUUUACCUGACGUACCCCCACAUCCCUCAAGUCCCCCUUCGUCCACAUCAUCUAAAUGUUUUCAGGUGGGGUGCAGGCAUCUCGCAGCCUGAGGACAGCAGCGACCCAUCCUGGGUCGUGCAUAUCCCAUUCCAAUUUGUGAUGUUUCCAGUCAGGAUGCUUUCUAUUGCUUCUCUCCAAAAGGAGAGCUGUUCUUCUUCCCCGCGCUCUGGAAGAUAAUCAACAAUGAAAUUAAGUGUCAGUGAGCUUGUGUCAGUGGGGGAUUGUGGAGGAUGUGAUGGCUCAGGGCUGAUGGCAGAUAAUCGCAGGACACAGCAACCGUUGCCAAGAGAAUUGCUCCGGGCUUCUUUAUGGUCAUAAUGACCGUAACCUUGUCUGACACUCUGAGAGUUAUUCUGUCAUUGUGUGGUAAUGCAGUUGUGAGGAGGAGCCUUUCCUGGAUCCUCAAGACCGACAGAAUGCGGAGUAUGUGGGCGUGGACUCACCUGUUGUACCUGUUAACCUUAUUGAUCCAUCAAGCCCAAAGACCUUACCGUCAACAUGAGAAGAGGUGUUUUAAAAUGCAGUGAAGCACAACAAAAGGAUGGAACAGGUAUGUGACUAACAGAACUGUAUUAAGAACACCAUACAGGUAGGCUGAUGUUUGGUAGAAUUUUUGUUACAGUUUUUAAGUUGUUUAUAGUAUACCAGAAAAGUUUUGAUUUAAUUGCUGCUUUUAUCACAAAAUAAUUACAUUUUUCAAAGCUAUGAAAAAAAAAUCUGGUUUUCAUUAGCUAAAAUGUUACUGCAAAGAAGGUGA